CCCGACGAUAUCCCCAUGGCUCCAUCUCUAGAAGUCGAAGAUCUUGGCGCUCCUGCAACCAAGCCCACGUCGGCGGUGAAGGCUCUAGACGACAAGUAUCGUGAGGAGCGCGACAAACGUUUGAACAACAGCGGAAGCAGUCAAUUCCGUGAGGCCAAAGGAGAGCUUGCAAGGUUUGCCAUAGAUCCGUGGACAGAGGAAAUCGUUCGAGACUCCGUGAAUGAAGAUGUUGAAGUUUUGAUUGUUGGGGGUGGCUUCGGUGGCCUGUUAGCUGCUACGAGAUUGAUUGAAGUUGGGGUGGAUGACAUCCGGAUCGUAGAUAAGGCAGGAGAUUUUGGAGGUGUUUGGUAUUGGAACAGGUACCCAGGGGUUGAGUGUGAUACAGAAGCCUACAUUUAUCUACCGCUGCUUGAAGAAACGAAGUAUGUGCCGGCGGCCAAAUUUGCCCCAGGGGCCGAAAUCCACGCUCACGCUCUCAAUAUUGCCAAGAUGAACAACCUUCAAUCUAAAGCUCAUUUUCGAACGGAGGCCUUGACACUCACAUGGUCGGACUCCCUAGCGCGCUGGGUCGCCACCACUUCACGAGGAGACACGAUCCGAGCACGGUUCGUUAUUUCCGCCAUAGGAAUUCUACAUAAACUCCAUCUCCCUGGAAUCCAAGGUAUCGAAAAAUUCGCCGGCCACAGCUUCCACUCAUCGCGCUGGGACUUUGCUUACACAGGCGGCGACCGGUUUAACUCACCUUUAGACAAGAUUCGCGGGAAGCGGAUCGGGAUCGUUGGAACAGGAGCUUCUUCCAUUCAAGCACUUCCACACCUCGCGAGAUCUGGAGCUGAGGUCUACGUAUUUCAACGUACGCCCUCCUCCGUAGAUGCGAAGCCAAACCCUCCAACUGAUCGCACAUGGUUUGAAUCCCUUAAACCUGGCUGGCAAGACCACCGCGCCGAUAACUUCGAACGCAUUCUUUCAGGCCAGCCACAAGAUAUAGACCUUGUCAACGACGGUUGGACUCAUUUCAUGCUCUCAAUGGAAGCUCUUGGCAAGGACUCCUCCACGCCCAAGGACGACAUCCUCAAAAAGGUCGACAUAAAAGCAAUGGAGUCGCUGCGCUCUCGCGUCGAGGAGAUCGUGAAAGACAAAGAAACUGCUGAAGCCCUCAAGCCAUGGUACGGCCGCCUAUGCAAGCGGCCUUGCUUCCACAAUGAAUACCUGGAUUGCUUUAACUAUCCUAACGUCCAUCUUAUUCACACAGAUGGGAAAGGUGUAGACAGGAUUUCCGAAAAGGGUGUCGUGUCGAACGGGAAAGAGUACGAGCUGGACUGCAUCAUAUACGCCACUGGUUUUGACUGGGGCACCGACUACUCGCAGCGAGCGAACAUGACCAUCAAGGGGAGGAAUGGGCUCACUUUGACUGAGAAAUGGGAAGACGGCCCGAGCACCCUUCAUGGCAUCAUCGGACGAGACUUCCCUAACCUCUUAACCUUUACUCAUUUACAGAGCUCGACGUCGCCCAACUAUACACAUCUGUUGAGUGAGCGUUCCAAGCAUGCUGCAUACCUCAUUUCGGAGGCGAAGAAGAGGGGGAUUAGGACCAUUGAGCCGACAAAGGAUGCUGAAGCUACGUGGGUGAAGAAGAUGGAGGACGUUGCGCUAGCGAGGCUAGGUUACUUCAAGGAGUGCACGCCCGGUUAUCUUAAUGCGGAAGGUACACUAUCACCUUCUACAGCUCGUGGUGCAUCUCUUGGGCUUGAUUCUCCAGUGUACAACGAGAUGCUUGAUAAGUGGCGAAAGGCGGGGACUAUGGAAGGUAUUGAAAUUGAUCGGGUAUGAUUAGAUAUAGACCUAGAUAAGCUCCGUGCCCUAUAUGUGGGUCCCAUUAUGGGACUACACGGGUUCGAAAGUCACGUGCUGACACGUAAUCCUGUGUAGAAUAUUAUUCCAACUUUUGGUUACUGCCUGUGUUGAAAAUAAUCUAGAAACCCAAUAGCAACUAUCAUAUAUGUCACAAUUAGACUUCCCUCUUUGUGUCUGGUGUCACAUUCAGCCGGUCUACUUUGAGACUAGCUUACGAAGCGCGUUCCCCUCGUGCUAACGCGUUUCCCUAGUCUCUUUUCAAUUGACUUCCAGCUUGCCUACCACUGAUGGCACUUCUUCAGCAUCGCUCGUGUCUUCCAAUGCCUUCUCUGCGGCCUCUUCACGUUUAGCGAAAUACCGGAUGAUGAAAAUACUGCUAAACUCUAGAAUACUCAAUCCGCUCAUCACGCUGAAGCCCAGGUGGAACUUAGGGGCAUAUUUGCCAACAUCGAGGAUGAG